CGGAUAUUAUUUUGAAAAAUACGCCUUAAAUGUCGGUUCGAGGCUCCAGCGUGGGUGACCUUGCCCAACUGGAUCAAAUGAUCUUACGAAUCCUCGCAGUGCCUAGUUCGCAAACCCUUAGACUAUCGGAGUCCGAUAUACGAGCAAUAUGCUUGAAGGCACAGGAGAUUUUUCUGAACCAACCAAUGCUCCUGCAGCUCGAAACUCCAGUAAAAAUUUGUGGUGACAUACAUGGCCAGUUCACGGACCUGCUGCGUCUCUUCAACCACGGCGGCUAUCCGCCUGUUUCGAAUUACUUAUUUUUGGGCGACUACGUUGACCGUGGCAAGCAGUCCAUCGAAACGAUGUGCCUGCUGCUGGCUUACAAAAUCAAGUUUCAGGACAACCUAUUCUUGCUGCGUGGAAAUCAUGAGGCAGCGAGCAUCAAUCGAAUCUACGGAUUCUACGACGAGUGCAAGAGAAGGUAUUCCAUCAAGCUGUGGCGCACCUUCGUCGACUGCUACAACUGCAUGCCCGUGGCAGCGAUAGUGGGCGACAGGAUCUUCUGCUGCCACGGCGGGCUUAGUCCCGACCUCCACAACAUGACGCAGAUCUUGAAUUUGCCUCGGCCCUGCGAUGUGCCCGACAAGGGGCUGCUGUGCGAUCUUCUUUGGUCUGAUCCCGAUUCCAAAAUCAUGGGAUGGAGUGACAACGAUCGCGGCGUGAGUGUCACCUUUGGUGCAGAUGUUGUUGGAAAAUUCGUGCACCGUCACAAAUUCGAUUUGAUUUGUCGCGCCCAUCAAGUUGUGGAGGAUGGCUACGAGUUUUUUGCCAAGCGCCAGCUAAUCACCAUUUUCUCGGCCCCCAAUUAUUGCGGAGAAUUCGACAAUGCGGGCGCCAUGAUGACCGUAGAUGAGGCACUGAUGUGCUCCUUUUUUGUGCUGAAGCCAUCGAAGAGACCCGGACUGCGCAAAGUGAAACCAAAAUCCUGAAUAAAGCUCUUUUUCAAUUUCAA